CUGGACUAGACUAGAGAGACGGCGAAGAAGGCGAGAAGCGAAACCCCCAACGCUACACACCAUGUUCAGCUGAGCUCAUGGAGCGGAGACCGAUGAAGCGGAGGCGAAAGCGGUAAAAGGGUUCUUUGGGAGGAGCUCGUUUCUUUUACCCUUAUCUAAUGGCGUCGCAGGGGUUCGUUGCGUUGCCUUCGGUUUCGCCAUUUCGGAUCAAGCUGUUGAAAAAUAGGAUGUGUCAGCCGAGCAAUGGCAUAACUCUUCAUUCAUGUCGACGGACCUUUCCAAAGCACUCUAUGCAAGUGACGAUGGCACAGUUUGGUGAAUCUGAGAGGCUGAAUGUGCAACUUGAUACUGUGACAGAAAGGUUACAGGAGGCGAUUCCGGACUCGGUGAAACAUUUUCCCUGGAAGAAAGCAGAGACUGUGCUUCUCGAUCGAGUGGUCUCUUUGGGACAGAAGGCAUUGAAGUGGUCACUGAUUACUCUAUUUGUGGCUAGCUCCUUAUCAGAUGUUUUAUUUGCAAUUUCGAGAAAUAGAGAAUUGAUAAUUCCGAUUGGCCUUUCCGUCGGUUGUUUGCUGACUGGCUUUCUAAAGGAGGUGACGACGGAAUUCUAUGGUGACUCUCAGCCGGAUCAAGGAUUCAUCCAGCACCUGACGGCAAUAAGCUGCUUCUUCGUUGUUCUCAAGUUCACUUCUGCAUUUUGUGGGCUCGGAGUGAGAGUCUUUCUCCUGCAUGUUGCAAAUGGUGGCCUGAUGCAAGCUUUAUGGCUAUGGAGAAAUCCGUCGCACGGAUCAAGUAACGAAGAGAGACAACUCCAAGAGGGGGCCAUUCCAUGAGCCGUUUAAGUUCUUGAAGCUUUAUGCACUUGCAGAAUCCAUCAGGUAGAUUAAUGCCGACCGUCAUUUAAUCAUUAUAUAGAAAGUGUUUUUUGGACCCAUUGUACGAGAGAGAGAGAGAGAGAGAGAGAGAGAGUUGUAAAGUAUGACCAAUGCACAUGGAUGGAGCACAAACGCGUUCUUGACUAUUAUUGUCAUAUUCAUAGUGUAGAAUGUUAUAUGCUAAGUUUUGUUGUUGUACAUUAUUUUGUCGGAACAUUUGAAGUUGGAGACACCGCAAUUCCAGGUAUUGCUCAGUAGGAAUGGCUCCUUGUUAGAAAACAAGGCUGUGUGCAUGGUUUGGUCCUCUUAAAGAAGUUGCUGAGCCGCCUGUAAGUUCUAUUUCGAAAAAGCAUUUUCAUGUGGCA